UCUGGAAACACAACACACACACACACACCUGGGAGCAAAGCAGUGCGGACGAAUGCAACAUAAAACACACACUAAGAACUACACCACGGACCACACACACCGAGACAGAACAAAUGCUGACUCCAGACAACCUCAUCAGAGGAAGCAGCAGCCCCAGUAGCAGCAGAAAGAAGAGAACCACGAGGAAAACCACCAGAGGAACCCCUCUCACUCCUCUCCUCUUCCAAGGACCUCUGCUCUGAGAUGGGCUGCUCCUCAGGACGCCAGGCCCCAGGGCUUCACUCAGACCUGGACUGUGGCAGCAGCCUACCCCCGGAGUCGCCCCAUGGAGGAGGAGACCUGGUCUUACCCCCAGAGUCACUCUCUACGCUGCAGUGUCUGGCCCAGGCCACGGGUGGUACGGAGAAGUCCUGGUACCGCUGUGUGUUUCCGUUCGGGGUGAUCUCUUUGGUGAUCGGGGUAGCGGGAACGGCAGUCACCUUCAUGUAUAACACGCCAGACCUGUACCAGACCAAGGUGGUGUCCAUGGUGCUGCUGGUGGUGGGGGUGGUCAUGCUGCUGAUGGCGGCCAUCUGCUGGAGGGACCACAGGCUGAAGAGGAGAAAGAAGAAGGAGGGAGGUUUCUUCUGCUCCGAACAGGGCAACUUGUGAGGUCUGGAGGAGGAAGGAGGGGGGAUUGAUGGUACAGAGACAUGGACACAAAUAGAUGGAUGGAUGAGUUGAACAUCUGAAAGGUCUAAACCGAUCAACCUGGCACGUGCUUAACUCUCGGAGCGAGACACUAGAUCUCACUGAACUGGAGAAGUGGUGGAAAGGGUUGAGAGUUCCUCUUCCUUGUUUGGAAUCCUAACCUCCAUCUCCUCCACUUUUUCCUCUAACUGUUUUUCCAAACCCUGUGUCUCUGAGGAUGAUUACUCUGUUCCUCUAAGGAGGGAGGGUGGGAGGGAGGGAGAAGGAGAGAGACAUAAAAGGAUGGAUGGGACAGACAUAGAUACACAUGGAUGGAUGGAAACGUGCUGAGUUGAACAUCUGAAAGGUCCAAACCAUUCAAUCUUGGAAAAUUAACCUCAUACUUCUCCUUUACUUUUUCCUCUCUCUCUGUUUUCCCAGUCCCCCCCCCCCCCAUCCUCUGUCUCUGAGGAGGAUUCUUCUGUGGGAGUGAGGGAAGGAGGAGGGAGGGGGUGAGGGAGGGAGGUGUUUUCACAGUUUCAAGUUUAGAGAGUUCUGCCAACAGUUAACUGUAGAUCCUGCCAACCAACUGUAGCAGUGUGAUGUCUCAUCAGAAUUCUGAUAUCAGGGUGUGUACAAAAUGGCAUCCUAUUCCCUACAUAGUGUAUUCCCUAUUCCUUACAUUGUGCACAGUGUAGGGAAUAGGACGCCAUUUUGGACGCAAGCCUUUGUGUUCACGCUUUACAUUCAUAGAAUGGGUUGAGAUGUUUACUUUACUCCACUGGUUUAAUUAUUGCUGCGUCAGUAAUACAUUGUGAUGAAUUGAUUUGUGUACGUGCACCUCUAACUGGUUUAAAUUCAUGGUUGAAGGUUUCACAUAAUGACAUCACCCUGUGACAAGACUGCUGUAAGCUUGUCAUCUUUAUGGUUGAUAUUACAUUUAUGUUUGGUAUUAUGUUUAUAUUUGGUGCGCUCUUAGAUAUGCAGAGGUUUUUGGACUGAUAAAUAAGUUCAUAUCAUAUAUCGCAUGCCCUACCUGGGUCAAAUACUUUCAAAUAUGCGAGCCGCGGUUGAUUUACUUUAGCCCGACUCAAUUGAACAAAUGGAAUGGUCCCAGAAGUGUAAACGCCAAGCUAAACCAAGUCAUCCUCAAAUACUUUGUAAUAUUUAUAGGUAUUUGACAUAAUGUAUUUGAAUAAUGUAUUUGUCACAGGUCAGAUCACUAGAUAUGGUGUCUUACAUUGCCACGGUUUGAAUUAAUGUACGUCUUAAAAUGAAUGUAUGUAACUAUAUAUCUAUAUAUUGUGUACAGAUUGUGUACAGUAUAGUUUAUUGGGAAAUGUUUAUUUGUACUUAUUUUCUAUUUGAGAUUUCCUGUUUAAAUGAUUCAACUAGAGACAUAUAAGUGAAUUUAAUAUAGUAAUCUGUCCGUUUC